UGGCGUGGUCGACGAGAUUCCUCACGGCGGGGGCUUUCCUGGCGGCCGGCGUGAUCUUCGCACCGGAAGUCUUUGGGUCGAGGGCGGACUCCCCCGCACUAGCCGUCACCCUUGCAAAGCUCGCCCAUCUUCUCUGCUUCGCGACCUCGUUCGGCGCCGCCCUAUGGGUCACCUUCAUCGGUGGCAUCAUCAUGUUCAAGAAUUUGCCAAGGCAUCAGUUUGGAAACCUUCAGAGCAAGAUGUUCCCAGCAUACUUUACACUUGUAUCAGCGUGCGCUGCUUCUUCAGUGGUAGCAUUUGCGUAUCUCUAUCCAUGGAAAUCUGCAUCAACUUUGGAGCGAUACCAACUUGGAUUUCUCCUUUGUUCUCUUGGCUUCAACCUUUCCAACCUCCUGGUGUUCACUCCCAUGACUGUUGAGAAUAUGAAGAAGAGGCACAAGGUUGAACGGGAACUGAGCAUCGGCGAGGAGGUCGGGUGGUCGAAAAAUGUGGAAGUUGCAAAAGCGAAUCCUAAGCUCGCAGCUAUGAACAAGAAGUUUGGAGUGAUACAUGGUAUUUCCUCUCUUGCAAAUAUUCUCUCCUUUGGCAGCCUAGCAAUGCACUCUUGGUACCUGGCUGGUAAGAUUAAACUGUAGAAAUAUUUAACGGUUGUGAUUUAUAAUCUUAUUUGAUAACGUGAUAUUAUGAUCACUUAUUUCAUUCUGUUGGUGGAAUGAACUUUACUGUAUUUUAAAGGAGGCAUGUCUUAUUGUGCCUUUUCUUUCCAAACCAAAUCAUUGAA